CCGCUUUAAAACUCUGGACCCGUUUGGGCACUUAUAAAAGCGAAUCGAAGAAACCCUAAGGGUUUCUCCAACUGCUCAAUUUCAUCAGAUUCCGCCGCUGCUUCUCUCUCAACACUUCCAAUCCAAUCAACAUGACUAAGAGAACAAAGAAGGCGGGUAUUGUUGGAAAAUAUGGUACCCGAUAUGGUGCCAGUCUGCGAAAGCAGAUUAAGAAAAUGGAAGUUAGCCAGCAUAGCAAAUAUUUCUGUGAAUUCUGUGGGAAGUUUGCAGUGAAGAGGAAGGCUGUUGGAAUUUGGGGCUGCAAGGACUGUGGGAAGGUCAAAGCAGGCGGUGCCUAUACCUUGAACACUGCUAGUGCUGUGACUGUGAGGAGCACCAUUCGGAGGCUGAGAGAUCAAACUGAAAGUUGAGCAGCAAUCCUAUUCUAUCUUGUUUUUGAAUGUCCGCACCUUUAGAAAGAUGCGCUACUUUAAGAACGUUUGUAGUUUGUUACUUUUUAACCCGUUCAUCAUUAAUGCAAUGGAAAUUGUCGGAAGUAUUUUUGUUAAA